GAUCAGUGGAAAAACUUUCAUUGAAAACAAAUAACAUGGCAGAUGACGUCGAGGAAUCCGAGGUCUUCGAAAUAACAGAUUUUACGACAGCUUCAGAAUGGGAGAGAUUCAUAUCUCGUUUGGAGCAAGUCAUCCAUGACUGGAGGCUUACAUCUGCUCUGUUAGGACCACCACUGAAAAAGGGUGAGUUCACAUCAGGCAAAUGGGAGGAGAAAUCCGAGAAUAUUUCCUUUGCAAACUUCCACUUCCUCAUCAGCGAGCAUCGGCUAAAGAUGGAAGGGGAAGAGGAUGAAGGGGAGGAAUCUGAACAAGAGGAUGAUGGUAGCAAGCAGGAGGAAGAGGAUGAUAAGAUUCCUCAGCCAAUAGAAGACAUGCUUUCAUCUGGCAAUGAUUUUCCUCCUAGAGCUCACUGCCUUUGUAGAUGGUAUGGUUUGAGGCAUUUUGUAGUCCUCUCUCCUGCAGCAAACUCUGAGGCUAUUCUUAGUGAGAGCAAGUGCAAUCUCCUUUUAAGUUCUCUUACAAUAGCAGUCAACAAUACAAACUGUGCUGUGCCGAUGUUUGCCCAGAUACAGCAGAAAUGGAGGCGGAUGUACACAGGUGUAUGUGAAGCCCCUGGGGUUCGAACAACCUUUGACAUUGUCCAUCUUAAAAGAAUACCUCAUCAGUACAAUCACCUAGAAGGGCUUGUCAAUGUCUUCAAAUCAAAACUGGCAUCCCCUAUAUCACCAAUCCCUGAAGUCAAUGUAGCAGUAAGAUUUACCUAUGUACUUCAUGACUGGACUCAGUUCUCAUGGCCUCUUCUCCCUCCAGAUCUUGAUAUGUUGGAAGAUGAUAAUGAUGUAGGAUACCCGGGUUUCACCACUCUGCCGUACGGAGCUGUAGAAGAUCCCGUUAGUGAGCUUCAUCUAGCAGCCACAUGGCCCUCUUUUGCCGAGGACAUGAUUGUUGAUAACGACGCUUACUCUGAUCUUGAUCCUCUCCAGGCCCCUCAGUGGUCAGCCAGAGUACAUAUGACAGAGAAUCCUAGUAGCCUACUUGCGGACUACUUAAAAGGUUUUGCCAAGCUUGCCCAUAGUAAAGAAUCCAUUGAUCAACUCCUAGGUGGAGGUGCUUUUGAAGAUGAUGAUGAUGAAACCUCUGAGCAGGUUAGUUUAGCCCUCCAUAGGUUAACGGACCCAGCCCGUGUCCCGUUUCCCACGCUGUCUUCGGUGAUGAGCAGAGCACAAGCAGCACAGCGUAGGAGACGAACCCAGGGCAAUCAGGCAUCUAGAUUAGAGUCACCUAUACCAGUCAACAUCCUCAAUGAUAUCUUAGUGUUCUUGUUUCCUGAUGCGAGUGCAGUUUCUACCCCAGCUGGUGAGAGUGCAUCUACACCUAAUGAAGAUACUGAAAAAGAUUUUGAUAAAAAGGAGAGAUAUCGGCACUUCAAGACAGCUCCUGAAUCCAGCUUGACCUAUAAGCUAGCUAUUAGUAUGUGUGUAGUCAACCAGUGUCACGGAGGACUCAAAGGCGUUGCGCACCUUUGGCAUGAAUUCGUUUUAGAGAUGAGAUAUCGACUUGAAAAUAAUUACAAUAUACCAGGUCUUGGAUCAACAACUCCUAAUAUGGGCUGCUGUCUUCUUCAUCAAAAGUUACAGAUGCUUAAUUGUUGCAUUGACCGCAAGAAGGAUAGGGAAGAGAGGCGGAAACGACUAUACUCUAAAGACUCAAACCCGUCAAAGAGUAGUCUCUCAUCAGACCAAACAGAUGAUAGAGGGAGCCCUUCAAGAGAAUCCUCAGCAGAGGGAGGAGCUCCAUCGAACGAGCAAAUCACCCGGAUCGUGAGGGCUGCAUCGUCACGUAGUAAGGAAAGUGAUGAUAGCGAGGAGGAAUUCUUUGAGUGCGAUGAUGCGACACCGCCUGAUGAAGGAGGAUUGGAGGAACAGUCUCUCAACUCAAGAAAUUUGUGCAGAGAAAAUGAUGAACAUGAAGACAUGGACAUCUCAUUAGAAGAUGCAGAAAGUAAAGAUGUAGGAAAUGAGAAGGAUCAAGGUUCAGGAAAAGAAGAGGACGGAAAGGAAGGGAUGAAACCGGAAGGAAGAUUAAAACCAUGCGGAGAACUCAGAUUACUACACACCAAUGAAGUUCUGUACAUUCCAGUUACCCAGGAUCCAGCACCCAUGACAGAAGAUAUGUUAGAGGAACAUGCUGAGGUCUUAGCCCAACUUGGAACCUCCUCAGAAGGGAUGGAACUUAGAGCCAGGAUGCAGAGUGCUUGCCUUUUGUCAGAUAUGGAGUCUUUCAAGGCUGCCAACCCAGGAUGCACCUUAGAAGACUUUGUCAGAUGGUACUCCCCUCGGGAUUGGGUGGAUCUAGAUGACCCUCUUCUGCCGGCAGAUGAACAGGGGUCUGAGGGUAGGGUCAGAGGUCAACUCAGCCAGAGAAUGCAGUUGCCAGGUAACACGUGGCAGGAGGUUUGGAGUCAGUCGAGAGCUGUUCCUAGUCAUCGGCAGAAGAGAUUGUUUGAUGAUACCAAGGAAGCAGAAAAGGUCCUCCAUUUUUUGGCAUCUCUGAAACCUUCCGAGCUAGUCUUACACCUCUUACCUGCCCUGGUCCAUGCCGCUCUGCAAAGAUUGGAAAAAGCAGGUGCAGAGAAAGUACCAUCACUGAAGCCUCAUUUCCCUCAGCUUCUGAACACUGCAUCUAGGAUGACCAGAGCACCUGUCCAAGAUAUCAAGAAAUACGAGGAAAUAGUUAAGCAGGUCGGGCUUGUAGAAGUCAUCAUCGCAAGAGACCAGUCCCUCCGAGCCAAGUUUCUCCCCUCCGCUGAAAGUGGAACAGACCAUCUAAGCCAUGCGGCUAUGCAGGAACUGGAGGAGUUUGUGACCAAACUACAGGAGCAGCCGGAGGUGUUUGUUCACAAGGCUGGGAGGGGCGUGGUAGGAGGCAUUAUUCAUAAACUCUACAGCGCUGCUCAACGGUCUGCACAUAUGCUAACUGAUGACUCAUUAGAUCAGGGAGACAAUAGUGAAGGUUACUCAUCACCACCCAUCUCAGACAAGGACAAGAUCAGUGGCGGAUCAUCAUCAUCCGUCCCAGACUUCCCUCGUCCCGCUGGCAGAGAGUUCAUCCUCCGCAGCACGGUGCCACGCCCAGCCCCGUACUCCAGGCCGACGCCCCAGAGGAUGUACUGUGUGCUGCUGGAUGAUGAUUUCAGACUUGCCGGAGCAUUCACAGAGGACACUUCUUUCCAGUGAAGGCCUUGUCAAGGCCCCAAGGGUUCCUUUACAGGUCCUUGGUCUUCCCUGGCACCCUUAUGUCUUGGUGUUGAUCAGAGUGCAAGAUUUAGAGUUGAAGCCUCCAGCAGUCAUAUAGCCAGCAUGACUUGACACCACCUCUGAUAUUUUUCACUGCGUUAGGAUGAAACCUUUCACAUUUAUACAUGUACAUCUAACAUGACUUGACGCCAUGUUUCUUGAUACUUAUCGGAGUGUAAUGUUCAGAGUUGAAGCUUCCAAUAUUCUUACAGCUAAUUAGUGUGAGUUUCGUUUUGGGCAGACUGAAUGAUGUAAGGUACUAGAUGCUCUUUAAUGUCAUUUCAACUAGGUUAACUUCUUGCCAUUGCUUCAUUAAACUUGUUAGUGAUAACAUUUUUUGAAGUCCACAACUUUGCCCUUUGUCUAUCAGGAUUUAGUCUCUUUUGAAUUGUCAUUGAUAUCAAAAUUGCAUUCAGGGAUGUUCAUUACUAUUGAUCUCAUGCAGUAGGAGAUACCUAAGCGUGAAAGCCCAAAUCGCCUCUAAAAUUCCCCCGAAUUGCAAGCAUUGGGGAAACCACUCUUUCUAGAGUCAACCCGAGAUCUGUUCUGUGGCAGAAGAAUAAUAUUUGCUUUUACUGCACAAGUACUUUUUACCCCUAAAAAGUAGCCCAUAAAAUGAAAGAAAUAGCCCUAAUUCUGUAAUCGCCUGAAUGUGGAAAAGAAAAAAGCCCUUAAGAAUAAAAAUUAUUUCCUACCCUGAAUGUAACACACAAUAGCAAUCAUUCAGCAUGCCUGCUCUGACUCACAGUAUACAAAUAUUGACUGUGUAAAUUAUCAUUCCCAAGGUGCAUUUCAUAUUCACCCUUAUAUCACCCCAAGGCCUUGGCUGAGGGGUGAUAGAAGGGUUGGUAUGAAGGGCAUUGAGGGAGUGAUUUUCACUGCCAUCCGAAUGCAGAGCAGUACAUAUUUGUUUUAUAGCAAAAAACAACACAUGUGUGUCCAAAACCCUAACAGCUAGGCAAAUUAUACUGGAGAAGCAAGCAUUUUAUGUGCACAUCCUACAUUGAAUACACAGAGGAAAAUGUUACAUAACUGCAUCCUGGAACUAAACUGCACUCCUGUGACAACAGUUACCGUUGUCCACACAUAGACCUUGGCCAUUUUACCCAACCUCCUAGCCCUGCCCCUUAUUAUAAAAGGCACCCUCUUAAACCGUAUUUUGUCAAACAACAGCUAUCACUCCAUUGACUUUGCUAUCAUGGCAUGUAGAGAUGGGGCAAUUUCAGCAAAUCCUUGAACAACUAGCACUAGUCUGCAAUCGCCCUCAUCUUGUCUAGAUCAGUAGAGAUGCCAUCCGAUUCUUCAACAUGGCCUAGGAGAACAGGUGGCAUUUACUCUGCUUGAGUUUGAGAUCAGCUGAGCGUAGUCUCAAGAAGGUUGUCCAAAGAUGCUAGAUUUCCUCUUCCACACUCUGCCCAUAGACAAGGUAUAUCAGAUGAAUCUCUUGUUGGAGGCCUGUCAUCACCUUCAUUAAUCUUUCAGCUAUCACCGGAACAUUGGUGAGCCUAAAGUCAUUAAUUUCCUUCGAUAGAGUCCAUUCUUGACAUCAUGUAAUGAUUUGUCCCUGGCAUCCUCAUCAAGCCCCUACAAACUAAAGCCUGGUAACAAGUACACACACAGACCGGGGACCCAUUUCAUAAAACUUGUUAUUAUAAUUUGCAAUAACAGUUUAAAGCUACUGAAAUCCUUCUUUCUGAUUGGCUGAUGGUAAAUUUGUUGUAGAAAUUCUGCAUUUGUUACUACAACAAGUCUUUAUGAAACGAGACCCUGGGCUUUUACACUCAUCCCCUAUCCCCUGGUUCUGCCUCUCAUUCUAACUAGCGCCCUCUUCAGGCUUAUUGUGUCACAGUAACAUUUAUGAUUAAAAUGAAGGUGGUUUAGCAACAGGAGGAAAUGGAGUUGCUUUUUACCAGCUAACACCUUAUAAAGGGUUAGAACAUAAUCAUGAAUAGUGGUUAGAAAUGAAAAGGUUCUGGUCUCAAAUUCACUUGAAAAUGCCCUCAAUGAAUUUUGGAACAAGAUAUGGUCACAUUACAUUAUUUGAACAAUUUAUUAAAAGCAAGCAUAAAUCAAAUACAAAGCACAUAUAAAAAAAUAAUAGUUUGCAGGUCACUUCAGCUGAUUUGCUUGUAUGGUACUUUGAGAAUAAUGUUAUUUCAAAGUAAAGACCGGUUAUAAUGAUUCUUAGCCUACUCAUUCAGAGAGAAUGUCCAUUGAUUUUUAAAGUUGUAUUAAGGUGCAAUGUGUUUAUUCCUAACUAUUACCGUGUUUACAUGUGAUCUGCUUUUGCAUCGGCUUUUUUAUAGCAUGUAAACGGGAUUACCUUGCAUUGGCUCUCGGUUCAGAAUCGACAAUUUUGCACCACCAAAGUAGUAGGUUCAGAACCGCGAACCGAUGCAGAAUUGGCUUUUUUACUACGUGUAAGCAGAAAGCUGAUUCUGCAUCGGCAAUCAGUGCGCAUUUUAUUUACUUCACCAUUGUGACGUAGUUGUAAGCGCACGGAUCCAGCGUUGUCUUUAUUAUGACGUAUAUUGUUGGUGUGCGUAUCAUUUCAGGUUUUUGACACGUGAGUCGAUUCUGCACCGCGAGCUGUAACAGCGUGUAAACGCGGUGCAAGGUUCAGAACCAAAAGCCGAUCACAUGUAAAUACGAUAUAUAUAGCUCUUAUUCUUUUUGGUAGAAGACAUUAUUUUGUUUCUAGAAAAGAGACAUUGUCUCAAGCUGAUGAUAUACCACAAUUAUAAUGCAAUAUAUAUAUUUAAACCAGUUGGAUUUUAAUUUUUGAUAUAUUCAUGUGAACCUAUAUAUUACUGGUAUUCAUUAUCAUUUUUAAACUACAGGAUAAUAGCUUAUGCUCCAUAUUUCCUUAAGGCAAGUAUUUUCAUCAUUUGGAUGCAAAUAAUUGCCCCAUAUUUAUUUACCAAUUUCUAGAAAGUUUUUUUACCUUAAAUCAUACAAGAGCAUGUAUAUCUUUCAAAUGAUUUUAUUUCAUACAACCAUCGUGUCACAAAAAAAUUAUUAGAUGUGUAAAAUUAUGUAUGAUCACACCUGUAAUAUAUAAUGAAUAUUCAUGUAUUAUGUGCUAAUAAAUACCAAAAUACGCAA